AUGCUGAGCCGCUGCGCCCUCCCUGCUCUGAGUCGCCAGCAGCCACUGCUGCGUCGCUUGGUACCAAGCCUUUUCCAGACUCGACAUUUUGCUCGCCCGGCAUGCCUCUCCAACCGCGAGAAGAGGGAACUCAACGUGCGGGGACAGACGGUGCCAGUGAGCCCAGAGUACUGGGAUUAUGUCGCUGAUGAGCAGUCCGUGAACGACGCAGAGAUCUACAGGAAUAACACCGAGAAUUAUGUCGGCACCGUCAAAUAUCCCAUCGGCGUCAUCGGCCCGCUGAAGGUGAACGGGGAGUAUGCCAACAGAGAUUAUGUGGUGCCCAUGGCAACUCAUGAAGGUGCCCUGUUGGCCUCUUACAGUCGAGGCGCAAAGGCAAUCACAGCAGGCGGCGGCGUGACAACGCGGAUCAAGACUCGAUGCAUGCUGCGAGCGCCGGUUUUCAUUUUCCACAACAUUGCGGAUGCAAUCGAGUUCUACCGGUGGGCUCACAUGGAAGAGAACCAGGCUGCCAUCAAAGACUGCCUGCACAAGAACAUCGGACACCUCACUGAGGAGCGAACUCGAUUGAGGAUAUUCCAGACCGACCGCAAAGUGCACAUCUCUGUUGGCAUUGACUCCCAGGAUGCUGCUGGACAGAACAAGGUGACCUAUGCGGGUGAUUUGAUGAUGAAGUACUGCAAGGAGAAGUAUCCAGGAACAAUUCCCGAGAUGUACAUUGAAGGCGGCUUCAAUGCGGGAAAGCGUGUCUCUGUCAUGCACACUCUCCUGGGCAAGGGCCACUCGCUCGUGGCGGACUGCGUCAUCCCAAAGGAAGUCUGCCAAUCCAUUCUGAGAACUACUCCAUACAGGCUACAGCGAUUCCAGAAGAUGCACAACAGGACCAACGAGUUCAUGGGUGGUAUCAGCUGCACAGCUCACGUGGCCAACGGCUUGGCUGCAUUCUAUAUUGCCACUGGCAAUGACCCUGCUUGCACAGCUGAGUCUCAGGCUGCGGUGACGCACUUCGACCUGGUGAACCCUUCUGGAGGAUCCACAGGCCUUUUCGACCAGGACCUGUACGCCAGCAUCACGCUGAACUCCAUCAUUGUUGCAAACAUAGGAGGCGGAACCUCGCUCCCAUCCUUCAAGGCGGCCCGGUCCAUGAUGGGAGUGGAGAGCGCCAACGAGUUGGCGGAGAUUUGUGCAGGCGUUGCCCUCUCCGGCGAGCUCAGCUUUUAUGCUUCCAUGGAGACAGGCAGUUUCGCAGAUGCGCAUUGGAACAUGCGUUCCAUGCACCUUGGAGUGGCGGAGCCGGGCAACGGCCCCGAUCCACGCAUCUCGGGCGAAAUUUGUUCGACCGCGUUGGCCCGCAGCCCCACAAACUGGUUGAACUGGUUCCUGGAGACAGCAGGCACUCUUGACGGCGAGCUGCAAUAUGCGGCGCCACCCGGUCAGGACUGGAAGCAUCAGCUUGACCUUCAAAGGGAGGACUUUGAACUGGGUCGCUUUGCAGGUGAUGGUGCUUCCCUGCCAGAGCCUUGUUAUCUUAACCAUUCUGUAUCCAGGCACUCCGAAUUCCACCGGCUGACAGCUACAGAAUGGGAAGCACUGCAGCAGUUGCUCCCGGAGACCGUUGCGGGAAAGGUGGCAUGGGGUGACCGCCCCCUGGACUUCCUGAGCAAGCACCCGGAUGCCGCAUGGCGCCGCAUUGCUACGCGCCCCGGGCCUUGGCUCGGUGGCCUUGCAAAGUCGGAUGUCGGCCACGACGACAUCACUGGCUCUGCAUCCAUGCUGCGAUCAGCAGAUUCAAGAGGAGUGAAGAGCUCUGGCGUCCGCUUCACAGACGGAAGUCUAGGCCACCGCGUGCGGCCAAGUGCAGGCUUAGCUCAGCUCCGGGCUUUGCAAUGGUGCGCGGAUGCGGUCAGAUGGCAUGAGGACAACGUUCUCAACUCUUCGUACUCCCAUGUGCUUUUUUCACGGUGGGAUCUGCAGUUCUUGAUUCCGUUUCCUGGCCUCGAGCUUCUUGAGGAGAUUGACUCAGAAGCCGUUUGGCUGCCGCAGGUGCAGGGCCAGUUCUUUGCUAAUGACCGCUUUGCCUUCGUUCCGCGACCGAGGCUUUCAGCGUACUUUGAAGGCUGGAAGCUUGUGGUCUCGGGCGAGGCCGAGGAAGCUUUUCAGAUGCUGAUGCCGCGAGUGGGAACUCCAUUUUUCCGGCAGGAUCACCUCGACACAGAGGGCUUCUUGCAUCUGCGCCUGGCACAUUCCGGCGCAAGGACCAUGCCCCUUCCUCCGCUCUUCUACGUGCACUGCCGUCCGUCUUCGGAUCUACGGACGCUUCGGAGCCUGGGCUUCUUUGACUGCUCCCCUCUAUCAUCCUUGGCAGACGUUUCAGUCCAGGAUGAGGCGACAGAUGGCAGCAAUGAUGUCAUCAAGGCAGCCAGGAAGUAG